AUGCACCUCUCACGCCCCAUGCUCUGCUCGGCGAGGGGGGAGAUCCGCGGAUCCGAGGACGCACGAGAGCGGANUGCUGCCUCCGCCGGACCGUCGCCGUCGCCGUCGCUCCCGGACUGGUCGUCCUCAUCCAUUGAGGCUGAGCAGUCCCCGCCGCAACCGCACCAAGACCGGCGGACCACACAGUCGGCGACCGCACCGGGGUACGCACCUCUCACGCCCCAUGCUUCGAGACUGCUCGGCGAGGGGGGAGAUCCGCGGAUCCGAGGACGCACGAGAGCGGAAGCGCGCACCAUCGCCCAGCAACAGCUUUCUGCCCUAUCGGUGGACCGGCAGUUGCCAUCACUGCAGGACGAUGCCGUCACCACACCUCUGCCUCCGACCGAGAUCACCAUGGGGAUGCUGGCUCAAGCAAACGAAGACGAUUGGAAGGGGGUGGCGAGAAGGGGGGCGGAGGCGAGCAGCUCGCGAGGAGUGAGGGGGUGGGNACCUCUGCCUCCGACCGAGAUCACCAUGGGGAUGCUGGCUCAAGCAAACGAAGACGUCCUCCUCUCCAUGCUGAAUGCUCGGCGAGUCAUGAACGGCAAGACAAUGCUCCGGCCAGGAUUGGAGGGGGGUGGCGAGAAGGGGGGCGGAGGCGAGCAGCUCGCGAGGAGUGAGGGGGUGGGAGAGAGCACGGGAAAGCUUCCGGAGGUGGACACCGGCGAGGAGGGACGCAUGGGGAAUGGUUGGUCGAUCGGUCCGUCUGAGCGGGGCGUUCCGCUCGGACUUGUGGCGCGUCUUGCGACGCGCGACGACCUCGACUCAGCUGUGCGCGAGAUGGAGCCGCCUCUCUUGCGACUCGACAUGCCGCGCUGCCACGCCAAGGACCUCCGAGUACCCCAGACUUUCAAAGAGGCAAAGCAGUGCGAGCACAGCGAGCAGUUCAUGGAUGCGGCCAAGCGUGAGGUGUUUGGAUUGCUAGAAGGAGACGCGUUUAAGUUUGUUGGACCGCAUCUAGAGAGUGUGGGGACGAAGGAAAGGUGUGAUCAAUUCGGCAAGGACCUGGGAGAGUACGUGCCAGCAAAGUCUCUAGGGGAGUUGAAGUGGCCGGAUAUCGCGAAUUCGGUGAGAGCAGUGGUGAGGUACUGUAGUGCACCGAAGUUGAUCAACUGGAAGGCUGCACUUCGCAUUUUAGGAUAUGCAGUUAGGACUAGUUCUUUGGGGAUUUCUUUUCAGAGGAGGACGGUUUCGGGAUUUUCUUUGAUUGCGUUUGUCGACGCGGACUACGCUUCCCGUGCGGCAGACCGUAGGUCGGUUUCGGGAGGGGUAGUGAUGUGUGCAGGAGGGGCGAUUGCAUGGUUCUCCAAGACUCAGGAAUGUGUGACUUUGUCUACCACGCAGGCAGAAUACGUGGCGAUGGCGGACAUGGGGAAGGUGAUUUUGUUUUUGAGGCAGGUUUGGCGUUUCAUGUUGCCUAAGGAGUUGCGGCCGUGCAGUCCACUGCAUGAAGAUAACGAAGGGGCUAUCCAGAUCGCAAAACACCCGAUCUCGAAUUCCAACUCGAAGCACAUCGACGUGCGGCAUCACUUCCUCAGGCAGCUCGUAGAUGAGAAGGAGGUAGAUAUCAUCCACGGAGCGUCGAAGUAUCAGCAUGCUGACUUCCUCACGAAGGCGCUACCUGAGAGAGAGUUGUUUCCCACCGGGACUACGUGA